UGCUGGCACGGGCCACGGGGGCGUGAAGGGCCGCAGGGGCUCGCCCGGGCCGGGAGCCCGCGCCUGCAAGCCGGCAGCUGCCCGGCCCGCCCCUGGCUGGGGCGGAGCGCCCGCCCGCCGCCCCUUUAUCUGUCAACUCCGGGGCUGGCCACCGAGGGUGCAGGUUGGAGCCGCCUGUCCCCUCUCUGCCGGGCCGCAGCUCUCUCUUUGGUCCACAGCCAUGGCCACUGGGAUGGCCCAGAAACUCAGCCACUACCUGCCCAGUUUGCGGCAUCUCCGCCAGGAGCCCCAGCCACCUGUACAACCAGAGUCUGUCUUCACAGUGGACCGAGCCGAGGUGCCCCCUCUCUUCUGGAAGCCCUAUAUCUACGCGGGCUACCGGCCGUUGCACCAGACCUGGAGCUUCUACUUCCGCACAUUGUUCCAGCAGCACAACGAGGUGGUGAAUGUGUGGACCCACCUGCUGGCAGCCCUGAUGCUGCUGCUGCGGCUGGUCCUGUUCGUGGGGACUGUGGACUUCUGGGGAGACCCACAUGCUCUGCCCCUCUUCAUCAUCGUCUUCGCCUCCUUUACUUAUCUUUCCCUCAGUGCCUUGGCUCAUCUGCUGCAGGCCAAGUCCGAGUUUUGGCACUACAGCUUCUUCUUCCUGGACUAUGUGGGUGUGGCCGUGUACCAGUUUGGCAGUGCCUUAGCACACUUCUACUACGCCAUUGAGCCUUCCUGGCAUGCUCAGGUGCAGGCCAUUUUCCUGCCCACAGCUGCCUUUCUCGCCUGGCUUUCCUGCACUGGCUCCUGCUAUACCAAGUAUACCCAGAAUCCUGGCCUGCUGGGCCGUACUUGCCAGGAGAUGCCCUCUGCGCUUGCCUAUGCGCUGGACAUCAGCCCCGUGGUGCACCGCAUCCUGGUGUCCCCGGCACCUUCCACCGAUGACCCGGCUCUGCUUUACCACAAGUGUCAGGUAGUCUUCUUCCUCAUGGCUGCCGCAUUCUUCUCAGCCUUAAUGCCUGAACGCUGGUUCCCUGGCAGUUGCCACCUUUUUGGGCAGGGCCACCAAAUCUUCCACGUCUUCUUGGUGCUGUGCACAUUGGCUCAGCUGGAGGCAGUAGCACUGGACUAUGAGGCUCGGCGGCACAUCUAUGAGCCUCUGCAUACCCGCUGGCCUCACAAUUUCUCAGGCCUCUUUCUGCUUACUGCAGGCAGCAGUAUCCUCACAGCAUUCCUUCUCAGCAAGCUGGUAUGGCGCAAACUCCAUCAGAAGACCCAGUGAAUGGGGGUGGCGGCUGAUAUUGAGGGAUGGAUAGAGGGGACCCAAAGGUUCAUGCUCGCCCCCAGAUGGG